AUGACCUGCUACGAGACCUUCUCGGCGACUUCCCUUCCCCCUAAACUACAGGAAGAGUUCGCGGGUGUCUUUACUGGAACUCUUGGACAUGUGAAGGGUUACAAACAUCAGGUGAAGCUCAAAAAGUCCGUUAAGCCAGUUGCUGCAAAACUUCGACGGCUACCGCUUGCACUCAGAGAGGAAGUCUCGCAAGAGCUAAGACGUCUGGAACAAGAAGACAUCAUCGAACGUGUAAGUGCUUCUGAAUGGAUUUCGCCAAUCGUAGUAGUGCGGAAGCGGGACAAUUCAUUACGACUCUGUGUCGACCUCCGUGAACCCAACAAAGCGAUCGUUGUAGACGCAUUCCCGUUACCACACAUGGAAGAACUUUUGCACCAAUUGUCCGGAGCAACGUGGUUCUCCAAGUUAGAGUUGGCCUCCGCAUACCAUCAGCUAGAGCUAACGCCUGAUAGUCGUGAGAUCACUACUUUUAUAACGCACGACGGACUUUUUCGCUUUAUGCGAGUAUGUUUCGGCCUUGCGUCCGCACCUGCAACGUUUCAGAGAAUGAUGACAGCCAUCUUGCAGGAAUGUGAGGGAGUGUUGUGCUACAUUGAUGAUAUUAUUGUCUUUGGCAAAUCAAGAGCGGAGCACACAGAGAACUUGCGUCGUGUCCUUGAAAGGAUCUCAGCAGCGGGCUUGAAGCUGAACCAGAAGUGCAUUUUUGAAGUGAAGGAACUGUCAUUCUUGGGACACACUAUUUCUGCAGAAGGUGUAAAGCCCUUAUCAUCGAACGUGGAUGCAAUCAAGUUUGCGCCAGUGCCAAAGGACUCAGCAGCACUCCGUUCCUUUUUGGGAUUAUGCGGCUAUUAUGCGAGAUUUAUUUCUCAUUUUGCGGAUAAAGUCGAACCUCUUCGAAAGUUGUUACGUCAAGGUAGCCAGUUCACCUGGAAUGAAAGUGUGCAGAAAAGCUUCCAGGAAAUUAAGGACCUUGUGGCAACGUGCAGAGCCAUAAAGAUGUUCGACCCGAACUUGCCGGUCGUCGUGACCACUGAUGCCUCCGACUGUGGCCUCGGAGCCGUGUUACAGCAACGAAGUGAAGAAGGGUUACAGACUGUUGCCUUUGCAUCUCGCACGCUUUCUUCCGCUGAACGUAAAUACUCCGUCGGAGAAAAAGAAGCAUUGGCGUGCCUAUUUGCGUGCGAACAAUGGCACGUGUACCUGUGGGGGAGACGAUUUUUAUUACGAACUGACCACCAAGCUCUGGUAACCUUACUAUCAUCUGGAGGGUCCGGCCGGCGACCAGUCCGCAUUUCGAGAUGGACAGCGCGACUGCUUUACUACAACUUCCAGUACCAGCGUGGAUCUGAUAACGUGGUAGCAGAUGCACUUUCGAGACUACCUGCUUCAGCUACGCAAGCUCCCAAUCUUCAAGAAGAAAUUAUUGCUACAAUAUCCGCAUGCAUUUCCAAAGACGAGGUGCAGAAGAGCGUUGAAGAUGAUCAUGUACUUCAGAAAGUAAUGGAAUUUGUGACUACCGGGUGGCCAGGAAAGAAAGAAGUGACGAAGGAGCUAUGGCCAUUUUACCAUGUCAAAGCUGAACUGUCUGUAGUGGACGGCCUCUUGCUCAGGGACAACAAAGUUGUUAUACCAGAAGCAUUAACUUCAACGUUUGUGGAAUUUGCACACGACAGUCACCAAGGAAUCGUGCGAACUAAGCAAAGACUACGUAACAAUUUUUGGUGGCCGAAAAUGGAUAGCCAAGUAGAAGCUGCGGUGAGAAAUUGUUUGGUGUGUCAGUCAUGCGACAAAACGGCCAAGCCGUCAUUUAUGCCGAUGCAACCCGUCCUCUUCCCAGAGGAGCCAUGGGAGCAAGUAGCCAUGGACAUCGUGGGUCCAUUUCACAACGCUCCUCCAGGCUGCAAGUUCGCAAUAACCCUCGUCGACUACCAUUCGAAGUGGCCAGAAGUGUGUUUUACGGAUUCCGUCACCUCUCGUACAGUAAUGGACUUUCUUCUGGCUAUAUUCAGCAGGGAAGGCUACCCUGCGACCGUGGUGACCGACAACGGGCCCCAAUUUAAGUCCAAAGAGUUCGAAAACUUCUUAUCAGAGAGGGGUAUCAGGCACAAUACAUCAUCGCUCUACUACCCGCAGGCGAACGGCCUCGUUGAGAGAUUUAAUAGAGUACUAAAGGAUUUUGUUCAAAUUGCCCUUCUGGAGAGCGGACCGUUGAAAAGCGCCGUUCUCAACUACCUUGCUUCAUAUAGAUGUACUCCACAUGCUACAACUGGGGCCUCCCCUGCCAUGUUACUACACGGACGGCAGCCAAGGACGAAAGUUGACAUUGUAGGCCUACCAUCCAGGAAACUUCAUCCAAAGUCAGCGCCAACAAAGGAAGUUCUGCGAAAGCACGUAGAAGGAAAGCAAAGUUAUUCUAAGAGAUACACAGACGCACACAGGAGUGUGAAGAAACCGAUAUUUAAAGAAGGAGACUACGUGAGAGUGAGGAAAUGGAUUCCGGAAGGGAAAGGCGCCUUGUCAUACACCAGUCCUCUAAAAAUUGUCAAGAAGAAAGGGGUUGGAACGUUUGUGCUCGAAGAUGGGCGUACCUGGAAUGCAUCAAAGUUGGUUGCUGCUUCACACAUGACGCAACCAGUGGAACAAGACCGUUCAGGACCACAUCUUUGGCACUUGUAUGACCUACAUCGGCGAAACGUCCGACCAUCACGUUAUCUGCAAUCACAAGAACAGUCCAGCGGUGCCGCGCUUUCGCCGGGAAGGGAGGAGCGUAUGCCAAGCAGUCCAAGCGAGCCUUCGGCAACGGCCCCAGCAGCGGAGACAACAGCUGAGGAAUUGCCUCCCGAUAGCGAAGGCGAAGUGGAAGACGUGGACCCUGGUGCACGUAGCACUUCUGCUGGGAGAGCCUCAGGAACGCGUAAUCGGCGUCCGCCUACUUGGAUGAAGGACUAUGUGACUUGA